CAAAAAGAAAUUAAGUGGUUGAUUAGAGUGGAUGCAAUAAAAGAGAUUGCUAAGCCUUUUUUACGGACACUUGGAAUGUGCCGCUCUGCGGGCGUGGCGUGGGGGAACAAAGCAAUGCAGAAGGUCUCCUCCUAUUGCUGUUGGAGAAGAUUGGUCGUCCUCCGAUCCCUCUCCUCCGCCAUCCCCGUAACUGGAUCUCCCUUCAGCCAUACUCCUUGCCGUACCGUCACCACCUCCGCCGCUGACGAGUUCUCCGCCGACGUCGAGAGGAUCUACCGCAUCCUCCGCAAGUUCCACUCGCGCCCCCCCAAGCUCGACCUCGCCCUUCGCGACUCCGGCGUCUCCCUCCGCCCUGGCCUCCUCGAGCGCGUCAUCGGCCGCUGCGGCGACGCCGGCGCCCUCUCCUUCCGCUUCUUCUCCUGGGCCUCCCGCUGCCCCGACCAUCCCCCGUCCCCUGCCGCCCGCCGCGCCAUGGUCCGCGUCCUCUCCAAGAUGCGUCAUUUCGGCGCCGCCUGGGCUCUCGUCGAUGAGAUCCGCCGCGAGACCCCUGACCUCCUCACCCCCGACCUCUUCGUCGGCCUUAUCCGGCGGUUCGCCGCCGCCCGUAUGGUCGCCAAGGCCGUCGAGGUGCUCGAUGAAAUGCCCAACUAUGGCUGUGAGGCCGACGAACAUGUCUUUGGCUGCCUUUUGGACGCUCUCUGCAAGAAUGGUAGUGUAAAGGAGGCAGCUUCUCUCUUCCAGGACUUGAAGGAGAAGUAUCCCCCGAACCUGAAGCACUUCACCUCGCUUCUUUACGGCUGGUGCAAGCUGGGGAAGCUCAUGGAGGCUAAAUUUGUGUUGGUUCAGAUGAAAAAUGCUGGCUUUGAGCCUGAUGUGGUUGUUUUUAACACUUUGCUGGGUGGCUUUGCUGCUGCCGGGAAGAUGGAGGAUGGGUAUGAGCUCCUAAAAGAGAUGGGGCGGAGGGGAUGCAAGCCUAACGUGGUUUCAUACACCACCCUGAUCCAGGCACUUUGCUCGAGGGACAGAAUGGAUGAGGCUAUGUGGCUGUUUGUGGAAAUGAGGCGUAAUAAUUGUGCAGCGGAUGCCGUGACGUAUGCCACUCUCAUUAGUGGGUUUUGUAGGUCAGGGAAGAUUGACAGAGGAUAUGAGUUCCUUGACAAAAUGGCGGAGCAAGGAUUGAGGCCUGAUUCGAGUGCUUACUUUCACAUCUUUGCAGCUUAUGAGAAGAAGGAUCGAUUGGAGGAGUGCUUGGAGCUCAUGAGUAGAAUGUCCAAUGCUGGCUGUCUUCCUGAUCUUGGCAUCUAUAACAUAGUUAUCAGAUUGGUCUGCAAGCUCGGGGAGUUGAAACAAGCCGUUGCUAUCUGGAAUGAGAUGGAAGCAAGUGGGAUUAGUCCAGGCCUUGAUACUUUUGUGAUCAUGGUGCAUGGGUUUGUCGAGCAUGGUUCAUUGGUCGAGGCAUGUACAUACUUCAAAGAUAUGGUGGGACGAGGCCUCUUGACCGCCCCACAGUAUGGCAUUUUGAAGGACCUACUGAAUGCGCUACUGAGAGCUGAGAAGCUUGAAUUGGCAAAGGAGGUUUGGGGUUGCAUCGUGAACAAUGGUUGUGAUCUAAAUGUGUAUGCUUGGACUAUAUGGAUUCAUGCUUUGUUCUCAAAGAAGCAUGUCAAAGAGGCAUGCUCUUAUUGUUUGGAUAUGCUCGACUCUGGGCUAAUGCCUCAGCCUGACACAUUUGCGAAACUCAUGAAGGGGUUGAAGAAGCUGUACAACCGGCAAAUUGCAGUAGAAAUAACUGAGAAGGUGAGGAAAAUGGCAGAGGAGAGGCACAUUACUUUCAAAAAGUACAAAAGGCGAGGGGUGAGAGACCUUGAAGAGAAGGCAAAGGCUAAGGCUAAGGCACAGAGGAAGAGGAAAGAGGAAAAGAGUCGCAGGCAGCGAUUUAGUCACCGUCAGGGUCGGGGCCCUUCUGGUCAAUUAGAUCCCGACACUGAAGAGUCCUAUACACCUUAAUGUGAGAAUCUCAAUUAUAGAGAUUUCGUAAGGCUGCCUUAAUUUAAUUGCAGGCCUUCUCUCUUUUUUUGAUUUCAUGAUACCAAUGUCUUUUUCUAGCCCCAUCCCCAGCUACCCUCCUGGUUCCAAUUCCUAUGUAGGCCUCUCCUGCUGCGAUGAUAUUGGCAUGCUCUGUGCAUCGUCUCCUGCAUCUCUGGAGGAUGGAUUUUUUCAGUUCCUCCUUGUGGCAAGUACUUUACCAAGUAUUUAGUAAUAUUGCUAUUCCAGAUAGUGUUGUUAUCUGCCAGCUGGCUGUUGUUGGUCAUUGUAUCAUGUUUUGGAUGAAUAGAGCAACAUUACAAUAUGAAGACCUGACCUAUUUCUUGGUUUUCAAGUGGUGGUUUGGAUUAACAACUGAAGAACGUACCAUUAUGAAUGUUUUUAUGAAGGGUAUUGGCUGCACAAGUGCCACAAUCUCCUGCAAGAGAGCUUUUCACAGUAAUUUGCAUCUUUGCUUCAUCAAAUUGUCCAAAUCCUGUGAACGAAUGGAAUGACUAGGCUGAGAGGUGCAAAUGUUCAGGAACUGUUCUUCGGUGCAUGAGCUUAGCAAGGCUUAUGAUGUUUACAUCAUCAUCCUCUUCGUUCAUUAUGAAUUCAGGAUCCUCAAGUGAAAAAUUCUACAAUUAAAAAAUUCAGAAGUUUUGAGAAGUAAUAGGUACAAUUUUCAUGGGAGCUAUUCAUACUUUGCUUUUCAUCUUAACUUUCGAUAUGGAUUGAUUGUGAUUCUUGUUUCAUGGGAUCCCACGUCAAGGAUGUAACAAUUUACU